GUGCAGGUAACCGGUAGGAUGGUAGCAGGGGAAGUGAGUGGGCACAGCUUCCUGGUGGCAUGCUGGCAGCCCAUUCUGAUCUUGAUGCUGGGCACGGUGCUGUCCGGCUCCGCCACAGGCUGCCCGUCACGCUGCGAGUGCAACGCUCAGGAGCGCGCCGUCAUGUGCCACCGCAAGAAGCUGAUAUCCGUUCCAGAGGGGAUCCCGCUAGAAACCAGACACCUAGACCUUAGCAAGAAUCGGAUGAAAACCAUCAACCCGGACGAGUUUUCCGCCUUCCCGAACCUGGAAGUGUUGGAGCUCAAUGAAAACACCAUCUCGUCCAUCGAGCCGGGCGCUUUUAACAACCUCUAUGGCCUGCGGGCUCUGGGACUUCGCAGUAAUAAACUAAAGCUCAUUCAGCUGGGAGUGUUCACAGGGAUCAGUAACCUAACAAAUCUGGAUAUCAGUGAAAAUAAGAUCGUCAUUCUGCUGGACUACAUGUUCCAGGACCUGUAUAACCUGCGUUCUCUGGAGGUGGGGGAUAAUGAUCUCGUCUUCAUAUCCCAUCGGGCAUUUCACGGCCUCAGCAGCCUCGAGCAGCUCACGUUAGAAAAGUGCAACCUGACCUCUGUCCCGACGGAGGCGUUUACGCACCUCCACAGCUUGGUCACGUUGCGUUUACGGAACCUCAAUAUCAACAGUAUCAGAGACUACAGUUUCAAACGGCUGUACCGCCUCAAGGUGUUGGAGAUCGCCAACUGGCCCUACCUGGACACCAUGACCACCAACUGCUUGUACGGAUUGAACCUCACGUCCCUGACGAUCACUAACGCGAACCUGACGGCGAUUCCGUACUUGGCUUUGCGGCAUCUGGUGUAUCUUCGGUUCCUCAACAUGUCCUACAAUCCCAUCCAGAUUAUUGAAGGGAACCGGCUUCAUGACCUUCUCCGGUUGCAGGAGUUCCACCUGGUGGGUGGUCGGCUGAUGAUGAUAGAGACCUACUCCUUCAGAGGCCUCAACUACCUCAAAAUCCUCAAUGUGUCCAGCAACUCACUGACCACCCUGGAGGAGUCGGUAUUCCAUUCGGUGGGCAACCUGGAGACCCUCGCACUGCAUGAUAACCCGCUGGCUUGCGAUUGUCGUCUGCUCUGGGUUUUCCGACGCCGGUGGAGGCUCAAUUUCAACCGUCAGCAGCCCACCUGCGCGUCGCCGGAGUUCGUUCAAGGUAAAGAGUUUAAAGACUUCCCUGAUGUCCUUCAGCCCAAUUAUUUUACUUGUCGCAAGUCAAGGAUUCGAGACCGCAAGCAGCAGAGAAAGUUAAUCGAUGAGGGCACCACUGUCCACUUCGUGUGCCAGGCGGACGGAGACCCGACACCCGUUAUCAUGUGGUUGUCCCCACAGAAACAGUUCAUCACCACCAAAACGAUAGGACGGCUGACGGUUUUCCCAGACGGGACCCUGGAAGUGCGCUACGCUCAGAUUCAAGACAACGGCACGUACGUGUGCAUCGCUAGCAAUGCGGGUGGAAACGACACGGCUUUGGCCCACCUCCACGUUCAUAGUUACUCCCCAGACUGGCCUAGUCAACCCAACAAAACCUUGGCAUUCAUCUCCAACCAACCAAACGACAACGGAGCCAAUGGAACGAAAGCGAUGGUCCCGUUUCCGUUUGAUAUAAAGACGCUUAUCAUCGCCACCACCAUGGGUUUCAUCUCCUUCCUGGGCGUGGUUCUGUUCUGCCUAGUUUUGCUUUUUCUGUGGAGCAGAGGCAAAGGGAACAGCAAACACAACAUUGAGAUCGAGUACGUGCCGCGCAAGUCGGACGCUGGGAUGAGCAGCAGCGGUGCAGACGCCCCUCGGAAAUUUAACAUGAAGAUGAUAUAACCGAGCCCGGGAGCUCAAAAGACCCUUUUAACGACAGACUCAUAAAGACAAAAACGAAAUUCCCUGCCUGAACGACCUCCCCAAAGAGGAGACGUGUUUUUUCCUCUCUUAACUUUAAAGACGGAUGUAAGGCACAUGGGUUGCGCUUUUUGUUCGGCGGUGGACUUGAGAGGGGAGGAAAAUUCUCCUCGCGCGCGAUGGCCGCUUUAAUUCAGCCUACGGGACCAAUAUCUUCUCGAAGGAUAUGUUUUAAAACAUUGUUCCUGUGGAUUUCUAUAUGGGCGAAAAUAUGAAACAAAAUCUUUUGUGUCGACCUCCAGAAUGGAAAGGCAGAGCAUCCUUCUAACUGUGUUCCUGCUGCCUGCAUCCUUUUUGUUUGUUUGUUAUUUGUUUAACCCAUCCGUUUUUUGUUUUUUACUAAAAUCAAUAGUUUUGACAGAGUAGAAAAAUCAGGGGUGAAAUUCACAUUAACAAAACUAACAGUUGCCCAAAUACGUCUUAUUUUGUGAAAAAUAAUAGAUAUGUUUUGUCUGUUGAAUGCCAUUCCAGCCAUAUAGUUCUAGAAAUGCUUUUACUCUUCCUUUCUUUCUUUUGUAUCUGUACUCUGGUUUUAAUUUUUCUUUGGCAUCCGUGUUGUAGAUGUAUUUGUUGGCUAAAUCAAGAAAAUUUAUUAGAGGAGCAACGAAGCAUCUGUAGUGACACCUGGAUGAACAAGCACAGGUUGUUUAAUGUUGGAUUAAACAAAAGGAAAGGAAGCGAAAACGGCACAAAUUUAAUUUUUGUGUUUUGUUCAGAACAGCCCACAGCGAGCCUUGUGCCUGAUCACGUUUGACCCCGACAAUGCGUCGCCAGGUAGAACCCAUCAAUUCUUCUGUUAAACCUUUGAAAGCCCCAAAAGGAAUGCUGAAGAUGUGUAGCUGGGCUCGAGAGUGCGAGUCUCUGACAGACUCAAUCAUUUCAUGAAAAGAGGAGAGUGUUAAUGUGUUUGACAGCCCUCAAUGACCCCCAGCGGCCGCCGCUGCUGGAUCUCACACCUGUCUGUGGUGCUUAGAUCUGUCUCGCUGUUUUUAGAUCUGUCUGAUGGCUCUUACACUUGUCUCGUGGUCUCAGAUCUGUCGUUUGGGUCUUAUGCUUGUCUUAUGGUCUCAGACCCGUCUCGUGGUCUCAGAUCUCCUCGUUGGUGCCCAAAGAAACGCUCGUUCUCAUUAUCGCAUUAUUUCAAAGUUCUCCAGCACUUCUAAGGAGGCAAAUGGUGCUGAUUUAUGAUGACAGAUGAAAGCUGGCACACUCAGGGUGAAUUCACUAAGAAUGAGUUGCAGUCAUUUCUAGCAGUUUUUAUGUGCACAGACUAUCGCUUUAUCUGGCAUACUUAGACAUGUGGACACUUCCAUACAGGCUCCAGGGCUGCGCACUGCAAAAAAAAAAAUGUUUCAUGUUUUCUAGGAAAAAUAUCGAAACAUUCUCAUAUUCAUGUUUGAAACAGGCAAAAAAAGAUGAGAUUUUGUACUAGAAAAAUGCCAAAAUGCAAAAAAAAGCAUUUUGCAGUGCAUGCACAUUGAAGUUUUUGGGAGUGACAACUGCAUUUAAAUAUGGAGGUAAAUCCCUUAAAUCAAUAUUUUGUGUGUAUGCACUUAUGCAUUAAAAUGUGGGGGGGGGGUUGUGAAAUGUGAAAUAAAUAUGGUUGCCACUACUCAUUUUUGGGUGUGAAUAUGUCGACUAUGACCAGAAUAAGCAGAAUACGUUACAUUGGCUUGGUUCGGGAAAAAUAUGAACAGCAUUAUGAAAUUACACCGUUAUCUGUUGGUUUUUGAAGUAAUCAACUAAUUCAGUUGUUUUUCUUUUUUGCAAUUUAUUCUAUUUUAAUAUUCAAGUUUCAGAAAAAAGACGGCGUGUACAAAAGGCCUGAACUGGAUGCAAUGAGACCUGUUUCCCGAUUUCUGCAUGUGACAAAUUGGCAUAAAACCUAUUAAAAGUGAAUGUGGUUGUCACUUCUGAAAAAAAAUCAUUUAUUUGAAUUCAGCACACAGAAGAAAGAUUUAAAUUCUGUCAUUAGUUACUCUCUAGUUGUUCCAAAUCUGUAUGAAUGUCUUUGUUCUGAUGAACACAGAGAAAGAUAUUUGGACAAAUGCUUGUAACCAAACAGUUCUUGGACCCCAUUGACUACCGUAGUAGGAAAAACUACAAUGGUCGUCAAAAGUGCCCCAGAACUGUUAGAUUGCCGACAUUCUUCAAAAUAUCUUCUUUUGUGUUUAACAGAACAAAAAAUGAUCAAGUCAUUUUUCCUAACAUGGGAGUCAAUGGGGUCCAAGAACUGUUUGGUCAUGAGCAUUCUUCCAAAUAUCUUUCUCUGUGUUCAUCAGAACAAAGACAUUCAUACAGAUUUGGAACAACUGGAAGGUGAGUAAAUGACAGAAUUGUCCUAUUCCUUUAAAAAAAUAAAACUUUAAAUAAAUACAAUUUUAUUUGAAAAGCUUACAUAAAUAUGCAUUGAACAACAUUGUGCGAACUGGUUUGCAGGUGGUUAGUGUAAGACGCAGGUUGAAAUGUUACUGAAACGUCGCUGUUUAGUGAAUUCACCCUGCUGUAUUUCAUGUGUAGCUAAUCUGGCCCAUAAGAAGCAGGUGAUAUCUUUGGGACACUGAGCUGUAUUUGUGCACUUGAUUUUUUUAGAUCAGUUUCACCGCACUAAGCAGUUUGUACCAUUGACUGACGCUGCGGAUUGAGAACUGCACAGAUGGUUCAACCCUUACGGAUCCACUUUUAGAGCUAAUCUGUAACACAUCCACACACGCUCCUGAAUCUCUCCGAUCCUCUGCCUCUGUGCUCUACCUGCUGUUUCUAUUCCAUUAUGUCAACAAAAAACAUCUUUAUCUGACCUUUGCCCUUUCCAACAUUCAGCCCAGGAUGAUAAUGUGCAUUAAUGUGGUCCAUAAUAUUCUUUUAUACUGGAAAAUUGUCUAAAAAGGUGAAAAAAAUCUAGUAUGGAAAAUGUUUAAAUUGUUCUGUGCAAUAAAGGUAAUAUGCAUUUUCUUUUCGUUUUUUUAAUUAACACAAUUUUAUUGAUGUUGAAUUGUUGAAAAUAUGGUAUGUUGUAUUAAACGAUCUAUGGACAUU